ACCUGUCAACGAUGGUGCCGCAAACCGAAGCCGGACUCAAAAAUGGAUGCACAGUGCUGUGGUGUGGACUCAUUCCUUGACAUUUUUUUCGUUCGCAAAAAUCGUUGAAACAUUUAUCGGAAAAGUUCCUUCCAAUACAGUGCUAGUGAAGAAAAGCCCCGUGUAGUGCAAAGCACCAGUAGUUUUGAGCGAUUUCCAAAUGGUUGUAGAUUUCUUUCGUGUUUCGUCUGCCGUAGAAUUCCUGUGAAAAUUUAGUUCCAGAUCAAGCUAUACAGGCUAGUGUAAGGAAACCAAUGAAAAUGUGGCACGAGGCGCGAAAACAGGAAAAAAAGAUCCGGGGUAUGCUGGUGGACUACCGGAAGCGAGCAGAACGGAGACAAGAUUUCUACGAGCGAAUAAAAGCUGACCCAACGCAGUUUCUUCAAGUUCACAGUCGCAAAUGCAAGAUCCACCUGGACCCGAGCGUGGCAGCAGCUGCAGAGAACCCAGCAAUCAUGAUGCCGUGGCAAGGUCAGAAGGAUAAUCUGAUUGAUCGAUUCGACGUACGGGCUCAUCUGGACUACAUCCCGACGGUAACCAGCAAGCCGGACCAGCCGGUCGAGGAUGAUGUGCUGGAUGUGGAGGAACGCUCUAUGAACUACGAGCGGUAUCGCGUUCUCGCCCAGAACGAGUUCCUCGGUAUCAGUGAAGAAAAAUACCUACACCAACUCUUCCUGGAGGAGCAGUUUGGUGUCAAUGCCCAGGUCGAGGCCGAACAGAAGGCAUCAUCGUCGAAGAAAAAAGCUGGCGCUGGAGUUGCGAUCGGGUACACGUAUGAAGAAUCGGAACCCGUUGGCGUUGUUCCAUUUACGCAGACAAUCACGGCCAUAGAGCAAUCCACUGCAACGAACAAGUAUGACGAGUGCAUGAAGAGUGAUUCCGACUCAGAUCUGGAUAUGGAUGUAUCGAUCGAUAUCAAUAAGGUGGGAAACGCCCAGGCGCAUGAGAUGAAUGCCUGCGGACGGCAUUACGGAAUGAAGAGUAACGAUUUUUACUCGUAUUUGACGAAGGAUGCCGAUGAGGCGGAAGCCCUAAGGAUGGCACGAGAGGAAGAGCAGGAGAAGAUUAUGUUUAGUGGAAGAAAAAGCCGUCGGGAGCGGAGAGCACAAAGGGAACGAAAAUUUGCUGGACGACCGACGAGUCCGCCAAGUUAUGCCGCUAAGGAGGAACUGAUUCCUAGAACGUAUGAUGAUCCUAACGAUAGUUCGAGAUCUCCCUCGCCUGUUAAUUCAGGAAAAAUAACCUACAUUACCUCAUUCGGUGGUGAAGACGAACUUCAACCGCAUUCAAAAAUAUCUAUUAGUUUUAAUAAAGACCUACAAGGCCAGGCUGGUUCUUCCAAGUCUAAGGCUGGAUCCUAUGCCGAGAAAGUAAAGCAAAAUUUGGAAAAACUAAAGACCAUGAGUACAAAACAAGAGGAGAGCAAGAUACCCGCUCAGUACCAGCGAAGAUCUAGAAGCUACAGUGACAGAAGUAGAAGUGGAUCCAGGUCCAGGUCCUGGAGGAGACGAAAAAGUCGCAGUCGUUCAAAGGGAAAAAGAACCUAUUCCAAAUAUAGAAGACAUUCACGUUCCACUUCACGGUCAUCUCGAUCGAGAUCUCACUCGAGAAGUCGUAGAGGAUCCCGACGCUCACCGGAUUACGGGUCAAGGCAUAGAAAAGCAAGAUCAUCAUCUUCUUCAUCAUCAUCUCCCGUUCGGAAACCUGUGCGGAAAACAUCGAGUUCAAAUUCCAACUCCUCUAGAAGUCCUAGUCCCAUUCGAACGAAACCAAAGCAACUAUCACCCCCGGUUCGUAAAACAAGCAUAAAAACUGAACCUCCGGAAAAAGUUCUCGCUCCUAUUGCGGCUCCUGAGGUCGCUAUUCCGCCACCGGUUUUGCCGGUUGUUCCAGUGAAAAAAGAGGAACCGUCUAUCAAAGUGCCUGUGUUGGUGGAACCAGAACCGGAAGUUCCGAUUCGACGAUAUUACGGCCGAAAACGUGAUGACCAGAGUUCUAGCGAAUGUGAAAGUAGCUCAGACAGUUCGGAUGACGACGAGCCAGAUAUCAAGCCCGAUUCAGCGAUGGAAUCGUCUACGAUAGCACAAUCAUCGGAUCAGACUGGCGGUCCGCUGCUCGGCGGAAUAACCAUCAAACAAGAAAAGCUAGAAAGUGGGUCCAGUGCUCUGGCGACUUCCUUUAUACCGUCGGCAUCGGCAAGGUUUGGUAAAUCGUCGUCGAUCACUGACGCCGGUACCGGCAGCACAAUCGGCACAUCCGAGUCCAAAAGCGAAGGGUCGUCUGCUAUGUUAGCAUCAAAAUCACUUAACCCACGAGAUCGGUUGAAGCGCAAGAUGCAGAUACUUUUAAAUAAGCAAUUCAAAGCGGAUAAAAAGGCGGAAAUUGAAAAGGUUGAACGGCAAAUCCAACAGCAACAGGAACGGGAAGAUGAAAUGCGAGAACUUGCUCUCAAAUUAAGGCGAAGGCAACGUGAAUUGCGGCAUAAGUACGGAACACCGGAAAGCGAUAAAAGUGCAUCGAAAUCCGGCGACAGCUCGGGUGGGGAAAGUCAAAAAGAGCCGCGUUUGGCGCCGGUAAAGGAGCCAACACCACCACCAAAGCCACCUCCCGUACCGCCAUCCGUCGUUAGUUUUACCGCUAGUGCUGUCAUCGAACGUAAACCAAUGCUACGACGCGUCGCUCCUGUUGAGGUAUCGCGACCACCCAGUUUGGUGCGUAGCACGCGAAGACAUUCUCGUAGCCGAAGUCGGUCGCGUUCUCCUGCCGCGGGUGGACGAAGCACUACGACUACCAGUGGUACAAGCAGUAACAGAAGGUAUGAUGAUCGCCCCAGGAGGCGAUCUCCUCCACCAGCACAUCCACCUGCGUCUUCAAGACCCCGCUAUCGAUCACGGUCUAGAUCUCGCGAUAGGGACCGCGAUCGUGGAGGCAGAGACCGUUACGGUGGAAGCAAAACAUUUCGACACUAUGAUCGUGGGGGUAGCAGUCGAUACCAUCGACGCAGGUCGCGUUCGUCGUCCCGAGAACGUCGUCGGUCGCCCCCGAGAACGCAUAGGUCGAGCUCCAGACCGAGAAGCAACAUUAGUACCGGUAGUAAUCGCAGGGAUAGAUCACCUAAGAUAAUGAAAAAGUUAGUUGACUAUUGAUAUUCGAAGCAGGUUUCCUAUUAUGCUUGUUUUACAAUAAAAUAAGUCAGUUUAUUGCCAUAUCACCAGAACGUGGCAUUCGUUUUUUGUAACACCCUGUUAAACUACAUCAGUAAGUGUCCUGAACUAUUGUGAAGUGUUGGUCAAGCACAAUAAAGUAUGGUAAUAAAUAAGAACGAGUUGUUCUCAGGAAAUUAUGGACAGAA